AUGCCACUUGUUUCCUUCAUCAAGUCUAUACCAAACGCCGUGUCUUCCCUUUCCCCAGACCUGCAUUUCCUAGCCAACUUCCCUCUGCCUGCCAUAGCAAACAAAUGUAUUUCGUCGGCAUUCCCCGUUCAUGAGCUAGCUAUGACUGGGCUGGUUGUGCUAGGUCUACUUGUAGUCGUGUGCGCUAAAGAGCUGGUCGUGCUAGUUGUAUUUGUAGUCGAAUCUGUGAAAAUCCCCAGGGCACUUAUGGCCGAAUACAAGAAUGAGCUAGCUAUGCCAGUAGAAGCUCCUUAUCUGGAGCUCUGCUUGGAUAAGCUGCAUACACCCACCACUCCAGUCUCCCCACUUGAUAUUUGUGUUGAGUACUAG